GAAGACGAACAAGACGAACAGCAUGACGGCAUUCUUGCGGGACAUACUGGCGCCGUUAGCAGGUGCUAGCUAUCGCCAGCUUGUGCCCACAAGUCCGCCACGACAAGCGCCUGCCGAGGUUGCGCCACAGUCUGUCGAGCCAGUCGCGAGCAGCUACGAGUCAGACCAUCUGAUUUGGCCAUCAGCAGACAGUCCUGCUGGGAUCAGAGUCUCACAGCACGCGGGAAACGCUACUAGUCUAGCAGGAGCAUCUUCAGCCAGGCUCAAGAGCUCGACUGGCGCGCCUCAAGAGCCUGCCAGCCCUGAUAAUCGCUUUGUCGUAGCGCAACCGAGCUCUGAUAGCUCGCGAGCCGCUCCAGAACCCGUCAGCGAGGUCAAGAAGGGCAAAGCGCGCGCGAUCGAUGCUCCUGCGCCGGCAAGGGAGACGAGGUCUGUACAGAGACGAGUUCUGCCGGCGCGAAACCCAAGUUCGUCUUUGUUCGCGCCGCUGCAAGAUGUGGUCUCAGAUGCAGGCCCUGCUCUGACAGCGGUGCCGCCAGAAACGCGCAUUGCGCUGUGCCAGGCAAAAGAUCUGACCCAGGACGUACUGCAGCAAAUCGACGAGCGAAUAGCGAGCACGUCGUCUACUGCUUGGUCUGGCGGAAGCUCUACUGCUUCUGCCUUACAAGCUGAAAUCGAGACCCCACAAGUACGCGAGCUGAAGGACUCUCAUCUCAUCAUUGGCCGAUUCCGACCCACAAAGGAAGACGAGCAACGCUACAAGGACGAGAUGUCAGACGAAACUUUUUUGCGCAGGCAUAGGCAGCCCGAGCAGCUAGAGAAGAGGUCAAAGCGACUAGAACGAGAAUCUCUCAUCUCGGAGCGACAUCGCCUUCGACAAAUGCUACAGCAGCUCAAGGCGGGCGAGAACCUAUCGCAGCUUCUACCACUAGCUGCGCUACGUCCUUCUGGUCCCGCUCAGGCCUCUGCGACAGUCUUGCCUCACAAAUCGCUGUCGACGAAACAGCGGCAACUGCUAGAACAGAGCGAGACGGAUAAGCUUCGCCUCGAUAAGAUUAGGCUAGCAGAACGGACACUAGAGCGAUAUGACCAGCUCCUCAACCCUCGUCAGGCAACACCUAUCUUGCCAUCCGUCGUGACCAUCAAGGAACUCCCGAAUGGUAGAUACAUGCCGCUGCAUAAGCCAAGUCAGCCAAAGGCCAGCAAGAUAGCGAAUCCUGUCAGCAUUGCCAGCGAAAGUGAAGUCUACUCAAUGUCGUCAAGACCCGCAAAAGCAGGGGAGCAGAAAGUGAUCGGACGAUCGCCGAUGCCAGCGAAACAGAAGAACGGAGCUGCGAGUCGCAAUACAGCGCCCACUCGUCAGCCUGUAUGGACAGCUACCAAGCUCGCGGAACCGCGGCAAAGGCGACAAAACCGCGUUACAUUGACAGAUGGGAAGGUCGAUCUCAAAGCUGCAUCCGGUCGAGAUGUACUGCAGGCAUCUCGUGCUCCCAAGGCCGAAAAUGCUUCAUCACCAGCUUACUAUGGCAAGAUCGACCCAGACUCGGCUACUCCAGAUGGCACGCCGCCGCCUUCGCCUGACAAAGUUGCGAAUGCUGUAGGGGCACUCCUUUCGCCUUCGCCAAUUCAUCCUACGUCGAAGCGAGUGCGCGAACGCAUCAUGCGACUUUCACCUAUCGCUGCCGCCCCCGCACCUGUGAUCCAAGCACUGCCCUCGCAAGCAGCCGUUACGAGACAUAUCCGGCAAAAUGAAGAGACUGCAUCCGCUGCUUUGCUAGCUCUAUCCCCUAACACGCAGACCGCAAACUUCUCCAGUCGGAGGAAAGUCAAGCGUGAAGGAUCUGCAGAGCUGUCCCAACCGAAGCAAGUGAAAAAGCGCAAGCGGCUAUCGCCUUACCGACCGGACGAGGACUUGCCGUCGGAUGACCACUCCCAUGCAUUGAGCACUCCGGCCAGGAGAUCAGUCACUGACUCGCCAGAAUCCGGCAUACUGCCCUUAUCGAGGAGUCCCAGCCUACACUCGCCCGAGUCGAUAUCACUCAUUCAGUCGAUGCGCAUACCGAGGAAGCGGAAGGACAGCUUUGGCUCCGCGACGGAAGAGCCAGCAAAAAAGAAGAGAGACAGUGUGAAGCCUGCCCGGCCGAGAGCAAGCACACCACGCCAGUCUGCAACGCUUGCUGCAAAAAGAUUGGCAGAGAUGAGCAGUCCAUGA